AGUCAGAAAUUAGAACGCGAAGUCGGCCCUUCUUAUUUUUCGCGGGAUCGAAGAAUGCGUUCUUCGCCUUAGCUCUCGAUGUGGAGGAUUUUGAUUGAGUUUUCCUGGUCGUGAUUUGUCAUCGUGAGAGUCGCUGGUGAUUUCGCUGGUCGUCAUUGUGCUCUGGUUGAGAUUCGCCGGUUCCGAUUGUGAUUUGGUUCAGAUUUGGUCGUUGAUUCAGGCAUGGAAGGUUUUGUGAUCUUGAUGUGCAAGAGGGGUGAGUUAAGUGCUGGUGUUGUCUUGUCACGACGUGCAACAUUUCAAGAUUUUGUUGAGAAGUUGUGCCGGAAGUGGAGCGAUUUGAAAGGAGGUGCCUUGUUGUUACUAUAUUCGUUGGAGGGCCAUGCGAAAUGUAUGUUGAGUUGUGAUGAUGAUUUAGAAGCUUUGUUUGCCCUCACAUUGUCUAGGCGUAUCGAUGCUAUUGAUGUCAUUCUCAUGGAUUCUGGAAGUUCUAGUACUUGUAGCACUGUUGAUCCUUGUAGUAGUGAUGGUGGAAGUAUUGCAGGUCAUGGGGAGUUGACUGUUGUUGAUGAUGUCGUUGAUUUAGUACCUUCUUUUUCUCGGCAUGAACCCAAGCUUUUAAAAUCGUCUAGCUGGUUUGAUUUGAUUAAGGAAGUUGGUCAACGUUUCAAUAAUGGAGCUGUCGAGUUUCUUGAUUGCUUGACCAAGUACUCUGUCUUUCACGGUUUCCAAUUCUAUUACUAUAAGAACCAUAAGGAUAAGGUCAAGGCUUACUGUGUGGAAAGGCCAGAUGGGCACUGUAUGUGGGCUGUGAUGGCGUCAUUGGAUAGGUCCACCGGUUUUUUUACAAUUAAGGAGUUCAAUAUGGUGCACACUUGUGAUUCUGCUGUUUUGACCAAUAGAAUUUCGCAAGUUGGUUGUCAUUUCAUCGGCCGGUUGGUCACUGGAGAGUUGCGGUCGAGGCCGUUCAAGCGUGCUAUUGACAUCAUGCACGACAUGAAGGAAGAUUAUGGUGUUGAUGUGACUUAUUGCCGUUCACAUAUGGGCUUGCAAAAGGCGAAGGAUAGUGCUUUUGGGAGUUACUCAGCAUCUUUUGCAGAUUUAAAGUGGUAUGUGCAGAAGUUUAAAGAGGUUGACACUACCAGUUCAAUAGUAUUAGACUGUGAUGAUUCGAAGCACUUUACAAGGCUUUUUGUCGAUUUUGGCCCGUGCAAGUAUGGCUUUAACUAUUGCCGGCUGUGGGGGUUCGAUUUGACGGGACCUUGGCCUGGGUUAGGUUUCUCCUUCCGUAGGUUCGUUCUCCUGCUUCUGGACCUGCAACAAGUCACUAGGGCUGGAGUAGCCCAGUGA